AGAAAAACAAAAAGGAAAAUAUCUGUGAAGCGCGUCCAUAGCCAAGCAUUUCAUAUCCAAGUGCUAUUCGUUUGGCGAAGACGAUGGACGAUCAGAAUUCAAGAGCAGUGGGCCCCAUAAGUUUCAUUACCAUGCUGUUUGGACUGUAAACAAGCACACGUAGCAGCAUCACUCGCAGUCUUGUUGUCACCUCCACGCAGAUAGCGCCACCCUUCACCUGUCACGCUUCUCUCGACACCUCGAACUCAGCACACUCUCACUUUUGGAUCUGUUCUUCUGCUUCUGAGAGAACAUUCACUUCUUCUCUCCUAAAUAUCAAAGACUAAACCCUAAGUGCAGGCAAAGAUGGUUUACACCAUCUCGGGAAUUCGAUUUCCGGUUGUUCCUUCGCUGCACGUCUCCAGCCUCCGUGACGAUCGCAGGGCAGCGUCUCUUCCUGUUUUUCUCAGAAAGAACAACUUCUCUCGGAAAAUCCUUGCCGUAAAAUCUUCUCAUGAUUCUGAUUCCCCGUCUUCUGCAAUUGCUGAAUCUGAUAAGGUUCUUAUUCCUCAAGAUCAAGAUAACUCUGCAUCCUUGACAGAGCAACUUGAAACUCCUGUUAUAACCUCAGAGGAUGCACAUAAUUUAGAGGAUUUAACAAUGGAAGAUGAGGAUAAAUACAGCAUUAGUGAAGCAGAUACCAGUUACAGACAGAUUGAAGGUGGGCUAGGUUCGGUGGUAUCUGUUGGCAAGAAAGUAAAGAUACCAAGUGAUGAAGCUAAACCUAAGACCAUUCCCCGACCUGGUGCUGGACAGAAAAUAUAUGAGAUUGAUCCAUCUUUGCUAGCCCACCGUGAGCAUCUUGAUUUCCGUUUCCGACAAUACAAAAGAUUGCACGAUGAAAUUAACAAGUAUGAAGGUGGUCUGGAUACAUUUUCUCGUGGCUAUGAAAAAUUUGGCUUCAUACGCAGGUACAUACACAUAACAUUGUUUGAUAAAUUAUUGAUGUCAUUAUUGAGAUGAUAAAUAGAUACAUCAAUCCAAUAUAUCUAUUGCUGAUCAAUAAACAAUAUAGACUAGAUUGAAUACCCUAAGAGGACUUGUAUAAUUGAUUAAUGCUACAAAUCGAAGAACCUUGAAUUGAAGUCAUCUGGCAAGUGGCAGCUAGAGUUGUUAAAACCUUAAUAGGCAAUCCAACUAAUAAUAAAUAUUAGUAACUGGAAAUUGUAAGAGGCCAACAUCUGGGAAGGGGCUAGAUUGAAAUGGCAAACAAGAAUUGCAUGGUGAGGAUCAUACUUAAGAUCUUCAAAACAGAGAUUGUGGCGGUGAGAGGAGAGAGAAAGUAAUAGACUCAGUGAAUCACACCUUUAGUGUGAAAUUUCUUACACUAAGUAAUGGUGGUUUUUUUUGCUAAGCAAAAAAGGACACUUAUAUACUUAAAUAA